UCACGAAGGUGUAGUGGGGUUGCGCGAACAAGAGGAUCGAAUAUUGACGAACAUGCACUUCGACUUGCAAUACAGAUACAGAGGCAACAGCCCCCAGGCACAUCUUCUAAGCAAAUCCUCCAGUUUCUGGGACGCUUAGUAGCGUCGUGUGUCUUCUAUGACUGUAUUCGCAACCGCAGAGGGAUGCUGACGGAUGCUAGGGAGGNNAUCAAGGACGUCUUUGUCGAAUACUACCAACCAUGUCUAGAACACAUGCUGCAAGCCUUUUGCAAUGACCAUCUGAUGUGCUCUUUUAUGGAUCGCUCAAAUCGUCCAUGCUUUGGCACAAGACUAUCUCAUGGCACGGAACAUCGUACUAGAGACGACAAGACUAUCGGCUCGGGUCAUUACCGAGCCAGUAUCACUGCGGAGUCGUAUCUACCAGAAUGGAUAUCGUUUCUCAAGAAAAUACUCGACAUGUGCGAACUCGACUACCUCGAAUUCUUGGAAGAGGAACCCCAAGAGAAUGCCAGAAGUGCUGCGAGCUACUUGCAUUUCGAACAGAUGAACGCCUUCUUCACGGAUAUAGGAACAGCUGCUUCUUUCAUCAGCCAUGCGAGUUGCUUUGGCUGUCUGGUCAAUCUACCGUUGCACCCCUUGCCGUGUGGACAUGUGCUUUGUGACAGCUGCAUCCGAAAUUGCGGGAAGAAAGGCCAUGGCAGGAUAUCACUGGAGUGUUGUCCGCUACAUACAUACACCAGAUUCGAUCCGCCAUGCGAAGUCUUCUAUCGAUCUGAUCAGAUGGGUAUACGAGUAAUGUCCCUCGACGGUGGUGGCAUGCGAGGUAUCAUGGAGCUCGAAGUUCUGCGUGCGAUCGAGAAAGUUCUGGGGAGCAAUAUACGGAUCCAGUCUCUCUUCGAUCUGAUCGUCGGCACAAGCACAGGAGGAAUCAACGCUCUGGCUUUGGGAGUCAAGCAAUGGUCCGUACGCUAUUGCAUCGAGAUGUUCGAAAACUUCUGCGACAAAGCAUUCACCGAGCGAGAGUUCGGAGGUGUAUGGGGUUUGGAGAAGGCUGCCUUGUUGAACCAUGGCAGUAAAUACAAGGCAACACCUCUUCACGAUGUUCUGCGAAAGACGCUCGGUCACAAUCCUCUGUUUGGUGGCAACAAUUCCUUGAAUGCUUUCAAGACCAAAGUUGCUGUUACGACCACUUCUGCAGAUGGAAAAGAAGCUAUGAUCUUGGCCAAUUACAACCGUUCGAAGAGCUCAGGAGAUCGCCAGACCUUUGUCAGACCAGAAGACGCAUCAGAUGAGCUUGAGGUUUGGGAGGCAGCAGCAGCCACUUCUGCGGCACCAUUAUACUUCAAGCCUUACACCCACAAAAAGACUGGAGCGAGCUACAUCGAUGGAGGGCUCUACCACAACAAUCCUAUACAUGUUGCGAACAGAGAACGAAAGCUUCUGUGGCCAGAAAUUGCGAACAAACAUCCUGAUAUACUACUGUCUAUCGGCACCGGCAAAACUUUGUCCGAAGCACGACGAGAAGUGUCCAAACGACAUUCAUCAAGCUCUAAAGAGGAUGACACAAUACACAAGUCAGGAGGCAUCUUCCAAACUCUAGGAGCCUUGUAUCAGCGUUUCGAUAACAUACUCGACGCCGAAAACGCCUGGACUGAUUUCAAAGCCGACAUCAACGACCAAAACGAUGACUUUGCCAGCCCUUAUAUACGCUUCAAUUUGGACUUCAAGAGCAAGCCACCUCCUUUCGACGCCAAAGACAAGUAUCACGAGUUCCGAGCCAAUGUAAGACAGCGACUCAAAGAUCCUGAUGUUAUGGAGAUGACGAACAGUAUUGCUUGCUCUCUUGUGGCAAGCUCUNUUUACUUCAAGCUAGUGGACACGGUGCCACAAUGUGGUGGAAGCUUUGAGUGUAGGGGAUAUAUCUGCUGCAAGUUUGAGGAAGGCUCGUCCAAUCUGAAAGCACUAGGCGAGUUUCUCUCGAAGCAGUGUACCUCAAGAUUUAGGCCAGAGUUUAGUAUUCAGGACAUGUCGAGAUGCGCGUCCGGCAGAGAUAUCAAGGUCAAGAUUACAGACCGGGUAAUCUCCGAGCUGAUCACUUACGGAUACCUCACAUCGACAUUCAAGUUCCGAAUCCGAUGGCUUCCACCACGAUAG